AUGCAUAAACGGCCAGGCGCCAGUAUAGCGGGUAGCAGUUCUAGCAAGAAAGUCCGCUUCGAUGCACAUCACCCGAAUCUACUCGUCUCAGAUGAUUCUGACUUUGGUGGAAAUGCGGACGUAGAUGCGUUGUUUGAGGCGGAUAUCGCUGCCCCGCAUGCGCAUGCUGCUAGACGGCAUGCUGUCAAGUUGGAUGGGUAUAGCAGUGAUUCAUCCGAUGAUCAGGAUGAGAAGCGUGUGGCGUCGCGAGAUGCAUUGAUGAGUGAGGCUGGGCCGACUGAUGGAACUGCUGCGAGGGUGUCACCUGGUUUGGCUGCUGCGGAUGAGGAUGAAGAUAUGUUUGCAGAAGAACCGUCAAGCUCUGCUGUAAAAGACAAGGGAAAAGGCAAAGCAAUGGCUGAUGCUGGCAAGGACAGUGUACGAUUCCUGGCACUCGAUGAGAUUCCUGGGCAAGAAUUCGAGGCGCGGCAUGGCAUGUCCGGGCGUGGUUAUGACACAGAUGGGUUUCCGGCGCAUCCAGGACAUUACAAUCCAGAUGAAGAAGAGUUGGGGGAUGCUGCUGAUGAAGAGGACGAGGAAGACGAUGGCUCUGUGGAUGAAGAAGUUGGUGCGCUGGGUCGGAAACACAAUGCACCCAAGAUGGAUGCAUUCAACAUGAAAGCUGAGCUGGAGCACGGCCAAUUCGAUACGGACGGCAAUUAUAUUCGGCAAGCGAAAGACGUCAAGGACUCGCAGGAUGUGUGGCUCAAGGAUGUCUCGAAGCGUGAUAUUGCUGCUGCUCGAGAGGCAAUGAUGAAACGGCAGGCGGAAGAGGAACAGAGACUGCAAGAUUCAGACGAGCAAGCGACCGUCGGUACAUUGCUAGGCGAACUAGUCUCUUACUUGGAAAAGGGCGAAACGUUGUUGGAAGCACUGCAACGAUUUGGUGUGCUUGCUGGGUCUCGUCGCAAGAAGAGCAAGAAGGCUGCCAAGAGACAAACUGAUGUUCAAGAUGUGGCAACCAUCAAAACAGACACAGAACAGCAAGCUGCCCAUGCAAUUGAGCGGCUUACGUUGCUAGCGAGUAAGUUGAUGGGACGGAUGCCGCUGGACCUCUACGAGCUUGAGCGGGAAGGACUGACACGAGCCUAUCAGCGCGAGACUGGAGAGAUACUAGCAGAGCAGCCCUCACGGACGCUGAUUCAGUAUGAAGAGCUGGACAAGCAAUAUGAGUUUCGGUAUCAGGGGACAGAAGAGGUCUAUGGCCCGUAUGGCAAAGAUGACUUGCUUGCUUGGCAAGAAGAAGGACAGUUCGCUGAACAUGCCUGUGAGGUUCGUUUGAUGGGCACAGAGGAUUUCACCGCUCUGACCUCGAGUAUCUGA